GGUAGUGGAGGCUGGGGAAGGUAAUUGGAAGUCUUUGACAAUAAAUACAGUACAGUAGUGAGAGGCCUUGGGCACAGUGACCCGAACCUAAGGUACCGGUACCUAAUAAGAUAGGACCAACAGGGCACUCCCACCGAGUGAUUCAGUGAUUCACGGUCGUGGCCGAAGGGUCAACAAGUAUCCUUCCUCGCCUUUGUACCACAGCGCAGAACUCCCCUCAGAAAUAUUCUACUUCUGAAGCUCUUGCUCCGUCCAGCGUGCCAUCAGCCUUUGGCAAAUUCUUGCUGCAACGCCUGAGUUUUCAUUUAUUUUGAGUUUUGUAUGCGGUAAUUUACUGGUCCAUGAUUCUGGUUUGGGGAGAGCUCGAGAUGGCAGGGAUGAAGGCGAUCAGCAUCAUGAUCGUACAACCCCAGGCCCCAUUGUCCAGUGUCCACCCAUCACCAUCCCAUCCCAUCCCAUCCCAUCCUAUCUCAUCCCCAACCUCACGAAUUUCAUGCUUGAUGCAUGUGCGCCCAGAUCUUGCAGUGCCAAGCUACAACUUGUCAUACCAGACAUUGGAGCAACUGCUCAUAAUUCUUGCAGCUGGGAUUUCGAAUGUGAGGGGAGGGGUUAGUUUUCAGCAGCACAGGGUCCGGCUUGACUUCGCUCCCUUUUCCCUCCAUUAUCCCUCCCACCCUACCUCGUUUGCAGAGGGAUGUGCCCUGGUGUCAUACCGUACCACUAGCCAUCUUCUUCAUUCGUCGUGGCCACCAUUUCUUGCUGUUCUGCAUAUAAUAUGCACUGCGCACUUUGACGACUAGGCUAUGCUAUGCUUUGCUACAUCUGUACCUCUGGCGGGCACGAAGCCACCGUCGGAGCCUGCCCUUGAAAAUGGUGCUUCUUCCUGGUCUCGCAGACGCCACACCCAUCGUCUGUAUUAUCUCUGUCCGAUCGCCGUUAGGAAUCGACAGAAGUGGUUCGUAGCUCGCCACCACACAUCGUUCUGUCGUGGGUUGCGAUUGUUGUUAAGGUCAUCUCUGUUGCUCCGCGGUGCGGUGUCUUCUGGCCAGUCUCGUCUAAUAAUCGGGCUCUUCGUUAGGUAUCAAGUUGGCCAUCCCCACAAGCGGGGGUAAAUAAACAGUAAACAGCUGCACCAAUCAAUGCAGAACAGUGUCAGAUAUCCAGACAUUGUGGCUUCACGUUGUCAAUCGUUCCCUGGGCCUGGCGAAGAGUACCUUACUUCGUUACAGUACCUUAAAGACGGGACGCGAAGCUGGCCCUGAACCCGAAACCCCUGAACACAAUAAUACAGUAGAAGAAGGGAAGGGAACCUUGGAAGGCUGAGGCCGUCUGGACUCUGGGCCGUCCGCAGACUAAUGCCAGCAGUCACAUGGAGAUAGCAGCCCGUUACUUUCGUUAUCUCGAGGGGCUCCAUGGCCCUUCGUUUCUGCUUUGGUCAAGCCAGUUGGUUGAUACGAACCUUGAGGUGUGCAUGAAACUUGACGUGGGUCUCAAAUAACCCUUGUUGAGCUCUGAACAAAUGAUAACGCAGUUGUGGCAUUCAUACCUUCGGGCCAGACAGUCCCAAUCACCAACAAGUCGAUGCGCCCCCAACUGUUGUGACUGUUCCUCAAUUGCGGCGUAAACAUAGCUGCUGCCGCCGCAGACAACCCCUCGAGUCGUCUUUGUAUGCGGGUCUCUACUCCUCAUUAGCACAAUCUGGUCUCCCGUUGAUCGCGUGGCCAUGGAAGCACAUUCGAGCAGCCCCAAAGAUGGCGAGAAGAAGCGAAAUCGCUUCAUGGGGAAGCUUUUCAAGGAGAAGAAAGAGUCCGCCAGCGUGGAGUCCCAAUCCCAGAACGACGUUGACGACUUUCUACAUGGCCCUUCAGACAAGUUGCACAUGGUUGGGACGAGUCCUUCUUCUCCACCACCCUUGACACGCCUCGAUACAUCCAGCGCACGUCGAUGGCCAGCAGCCUCAGAUCUCCCGACUUCGAAGAGCACACGAGGUCGUUCAGCGAGCCCGAAACGAAACAGGAAAGGCCUUGUGGUACGAUUUACAGAUGAACAGCCGGAAGUGAUUGGUGAGGGCGGUGAUGAAGCUACUUCGCCAGUUGCUGAGAUAGGAUUGAGAAAGAGGGCUCAUACACAUCCCCAAGUAGGGCAGCCAAAUCAUGGCCAGACAAGAGAUCGAAAGGUGACGAUGACUGAAGGUUAUGGACGAAGCUUCGCCGAGCGCGCUCAAAACAUGGAUGAUUUUCGGCCUGGACCCAUCAGACGCACACAAACAGGCUUCCAGUCAAUACCCAACAUUGAACCGAAUUCCAACAUUCCAAAUGUCCCUAGUGGAAGUCGAGACGAUGAUUCAUUCCAGCCGUUGGGUACUCGAUCGGAGGGCGACAGGCGAUCCUUUGCCGAUAUGGUGAAGGCAGAGAUGAGAUCUGGAGAAGGCAAGGCUCUCGUCCAGGCUCGUACUUCUGACCCUGAUGAGCUAUUCACUGGUGCCGAAACUGCAGGAUCUUCUGCUCCUACACCUCAAUUUGCGGAACUUCAGAUCAACACGAGGAACAACAUUCAUAUACCGCAUUCACCUGGAAUACCACCCAGUGCUUCGUCAAGUCGGCCAAGCUCAAGUCGUCCCAUAACUCCGAAUGAUUCGCAUCCACCUACACAUUCAGCAGAUAGCUAUACAGGAAUUUCUGGACCAUCGCUGGCUGUACCAAGAAGCCUUCAACCAUCUGUCCCUGUUAGCGGCAACCCUCCGACAGAGAAUCCAGCAACACUCUCAAGAACUUCAACAUUCUCUCUUCAGGAUGCGGCUCAAGCUGUGGGAGAUGAUGCUCUUCACGAAUUUCAGAGACGGACAGCGCAUUUGUUCACUCUCUUUCGGCUUUCCACGGAAGCAUCGAAGCCUCUGUCCCAAUGUUCUUUGGAGGAACUUGUCAGAGUUGCUUUGUGGUGGUUUCUAAAGGGCAGGAUGAAUCUUGAGACUGCUGUCAGAGAACUUCCUAGUACACCUCAAACCCAACAAGCCAACUAUAUCAUGCGAGCGCAAGCAUAUGCAGAUUUAGCUAAGAGUCUGUGGAUCAUAGAGACCGUAACUUCUCAAUAUCCUGAGAUUCAGACGCAAAAAAGCACACCUGAUGCAAAUAGAGAUGUCUUAGAGUCUCGGCAAGCGGUGUUGUCGAGUCUGAGGAAGCUGACAAUGUCAAUGAAAAGAAAUAAUUUUCUCCCGCCUGAUCCCAAGGAUGCUCCACUGACCCAGGGCUUGGAUCCCUCAAUCUGGGUCAGAGGUGAAGGUGAUCAGUCAUUACUUUACAGUCAACGACUGACUUCGGUAAGAUCUCUAUCUGAAGCAAUGCCUCUGGGAGAUACAGGUCGCACAUUCCAUUUCGGGAGAAUGUUUGUUGAGGGUACCCUGGUGGAAGCUUCUGCUCCUCAACAAUAUCACUCGGCGCUCUUGAUAUCCGUGGUUCGUGGUAUGAAAGAAAGCUCUACUACCGCCAUUAUUGCGAGUCAAGAUGGUACUCUGAAUCUGAUCAUACAAUCCGACAAAUCUCGCGGCCUUACAUGGGAUGAUGUUCGCUGGAGAGCGACUCAGCGAACCAUUGAAGUUAGCCUUCCCCGGGGCUUUGUGCUUCUACUUCACUGUAACGAGUAUGACUUUAGGACUCUAUGGGGUAUGCAUGAUUAUGAGAAGAGAACACAAUCUGUCAUGGUUCAACGUACAGGCGAGGAGCUUGUUUUUGAAACCGUUUUGCAAUCUUUCCAAUACUUCGACCAAAGCCAACAACCGCCAUUUCCUAAGGAACCUCAACCAGAGUGCCACUUCAAGUUGUUUGAGAAGACUGCAAUCAUCAAAGCCGCAACAGGCCCACGUACUUUGCACCGAGGGUUCCGUCUAGGCUUAAACACAAGUACAAGGUCUAAGCAUCUCAGAUGUAUCGAUCAAGACUUCCUGCCCAGCCAACCAGUCCAGUUCGGAUUCUUGCGGGGAGAUGGAGGCUCGCCUGCAUUAUCACUCAAGAUCGACGAUGGGAAAUCAAAGUACACAAUGGUCUGUACUUUCCAGGACAUAAAUGAACGGAUCCGAUUUCACACCCUCCUGACUGGAAUUGCGCUGGGCCAAGGUGAAGAUGUUAUUGCCGAAGCGCCAAUUACAGGUUUCUCCAUAGCUGAUCUUGACGGCGACUUAGCCUGCCUCCAACCACUUCAGUGGCAAAGCUUUAGAGUUAUCAACUUCGAUCAUACAGAUUUUCAGACUGACAAGACAGUCCUGUCGGAGAACUUGCGUGUUGCCAUCGACUUCAAAGGAGGAAGUAUCACAGAUCGUAUCAAUGUCGAGCCCGGAGAACUCAAGGUACGAUUGGACGUUAAAUCACUCACCGAAGUCAAAGUCCUGCGUCAGCCUCAACAAGACAUGACCGCAUCGGUGGCCGAGUCUCAAGUGCCGAAAGAACUGCCACGCGAACUUGCAACGAUACUUCUCGAGACUAUCGCUAAUUCCGAGUCGACUCGCAAAUACUCCUUUCCUUCGCUCCAGGAACUCCACCUGUUCCAAGCUGCCUUGACCGGAUUUGCAGUAGUGUUCGACGGCAUUGCUUGUUCCUUCAAUAUAUCACGCCGCAGAAUGGUCGUUCCUAUAUAUAAGAAGUGGGAUGCAGCCACAACUCGAGUGCAGAUAGUUCAAAAGGAGAAGGUCAUUCAGCUACUGGCAUUCUUCGAAAACUUUAGCCACGGCAAGGCCAUGAAUUUCACAUUGAAAUCCACAGAUGUUUUCGAAACCUCUAGUAACAAGAAGACGUUCUCUCUACGAAUUGUUGACGCCAAAUUUUCUCUGCCAAAAGCUCAAAAGGGCUCUGAAGCUGGAAUCGACCACGAGUUUGUGUGUCUAGACAUGCCAGAGUACCCUGGUGAGCAUGAUGAUGUGACAGUCGUUUUUGAUACAGAAGCUGUCCGAGAUUCGUUCGCAAAAGCAUUACCGGCGCCUGCUAAAAUCGCAUCACGGAUGCCAUCUGUGAGGAGGUGAAAUUUCUGCAUGGUCUGUAGAAGGAGUCUAUUUUGAGUCUAUUCAUGAGUUCAUCUUGCAAAAAAGCAUUGCAUCUGAGCAUUUCUGGAGGAGUGUUGUAGCAUUUCGGGAUGAUAUCCAACGGCGCUGUUUUGUUUACUGAAUGAGUACAUGUGGUAUAGGAGGAUGACUCCAUGGGUGUGGUAUGGGGUUGACGAAAGGGUGAGGGGGCAGGCAAAGAUCGGUUUCCUACUCCAAAUUGGAAGGUUACCAACGAGAUUCCGCACUUUGGAGCUCGUAAGACCCGUAUUGAAACCUCAGAGUAGAUAUGCUGUGUAAGGCAACACUCGGAUGGAAGACAGACUACCUUAGGUACCUAUUUCUUACUACACGUGAUGGACUCCAGAUUCCAAUGAGAAGCUUCGCACAGGGGAACGUCGCAGUGCGGACAUCGUCAUCCCGUGUUCGAACUCCACCGGCUCACCACAGUUCCAAAAAUAGCCAAAGCCUACCAAUCACACGCCGUUGAGAAGGGUUGUCGUUACGAACGGCGCCACCUUUCUCCCACUGACACAAAGAAGCUUUUGUGGAUCAUCGCUGCAAACUUCCCAUCUGGGUCCUGGGUUGGGAUGCUGCUUGUAUUUGGAAAACAAAAGUGCUCACAGCACUGAAGGGGUAUGGGAUUGUAAAUUCGGCAUGAAUUUUCGCUUUUCCGGGCGUUGAUUACGGUAUUUGGGUCUGCUAUUACUCGGCGCAUCGCUGGUAUCGUCGCCAAUUUAUUGGCAAGAGGCAUGAUCGUGGCUCAGUCCAGUCGGCGAAGCAGGGCAGGAAGGCAGGUAAAAAUCUUGAACUUCUC